GCGCGGCUGUUAGCGUCCGGCCGGCAGCUUUGGUAAAUGCGUUGGGAGCCGGCGGAAAGCAUAGCCGCCCCCGCUGCUCUGGUUCCGGUCCCGCUGUCCUUGCUCCCCCGCGCCACCGGCACCUCCGCGCCGCCCUCAGGAAUUCAGUACUCCGCCUGCGCCUCUGCUGUCUCCCGUCCCGCCCGUCUUCCAAACCCCUCCAGCUCCUUAAGCAGCUCGGGCCUCGAGGCCCCCCUAUGCUCCCCGCGCCUCUAUCGCCUAGGUCCUCCGGACCCAUCUGCCUCUCUCCUCUUUUGUCACUCCCUCGCCUUCGUGUAGACGUGGGAGCCACUUCAUUCCUCUGUCCAGCGACGCGGACGGCCGGGCUUGACUGACCGAGGGGCCAGUGACUGCCCAAAUCUGACUGAUGAGGGGGUAGAGAGGUGGCCUAGACCGAGACUGACCCGCCUCAGGGUACUGCGGGGCCAAGUGGCCUACCUAGCUAGGGUGAUGGGCUGAACUGACUCCAGUGAGUUUGAACUUGCCUAUUAGACUGACGGACAGAGACCCGUGGACUGCCCUGAACCAGCUCUUCACGGCUGCCCAGCCAAGCCCAGGCCCGAGCAGUCCUGGGGGGCCCAGCGAGUGUGAAGGGUCUGAACUGAGGGACAGACCCACAGUCGACCAGCCUUCCUGCUCACUGACCUCCUGCCCCCACCAGACGUGCAGCAAUGGAAAAGAUGUCCCGUGUAACCACCGCCCUGGGUGGCAACGUGCUGACGGGCCGCACCAUGCACUGCCAUCUGGAUGCGCCAGCCAAUGCCAUCAGCGUCUGCCGUGAUGCGGCCCAGGUUGUGGUGGCUGGCCGCAGCAUCUUCAAGAUCUACGCCAUCGAGGAAGAGCAGUUUGUGGAGAAACUAAACCUGCGUGUGGGCCGUAAGCCCUCGCUCAACCUGAGCUGUGCAGAUGUGGUCUGGCACCAGAUGGACGACAAUCUACUGGCCACAGCGGCCACCAACGGCGUGGUGGUCACUUGGAACCUGGGUCGGCCAUCCCGCAACAAGCAGGACCAGCUGUUCACAGAGCAUAAGCGCACGGUGAAUAAGGUUUGUUUCCAUCCCACUGAGGCCCACAUGCUGCUCAGUGGCUCCCAGGACGGCUUCAUGAAGUGCUUUGACCUGCGCAGGAAGGACUCUGUCAGCACUUUCUCAGGCCAGUCCGAGAGCGUGCGUGAUGUGCAGUUCAGCAUCCGAGACUACUUCACCUUUGCUUCCACCUUUGAGAAUGGCAACGUGCAGCUCUGGGACAUCCGGCGGCCUGACCGCUGCGAGAGGAUGUUCACGGCCCACAACGGGCCUGUGUUCUGCUGCGACUGGCACCCUGAGGACAGGUGUUGUGUGAGGGGUCACCUGAGGACAGGGGGCUGGCUGGCCACUGGUGGACGUGACAAGAUGGUGAAGGUCUGGGACAUGACCACGCCUCGUGCCAGGGAGGUGCACUGUGUACAGACCAUCGCUUCAGUAGCCCGUGUCAAGUGGCGGCCUGAGUGUCGCCACCAUUUGGCCACCUGCUCCAUGAUGGUAGAUCACAACAUCUACGUGUGGGAUGUGCGCCGGCCCUUUGUGCCUGCCGCCAUGUUUGAGGAGCACCGUGACGUCACAACAGGCAUUGCCUGGCGCCACCCACACGACCCCUCCUUCCUGCUGUCUGGCUCCAAGGACAGCACACUGUGCCAGCAUCUGUUCCGUGAUGCCAGCCAGCCUGUCGAGCGUGCCAACCCUGAGGGCCUCUGCUACGGCCUCUUUGGGGACCUGGCCUUUGCUGCCAAGGAGAGCCUGGUGGCUGCCGAGUUGGGGCGCAAGCCCUAUGCUGGUGACCGGCGCCACCCCAUCUUUUUCAAACGCAAGCUGGACCCCUCCGAGCCCUUUGCAGGCCUGGCCUCCAGUGCCCUCAGCAUCUUUGAGACAGAGGCUGGUGGCAGCAGCAUGAGCUGGUUCGUGGACACGGCCCAGCGUUAUGCCCUGGCUGGCCGGCCACUGGCUGAGCUCUGUGACCACAAUGCUAAGGUGGCCCGAGAGCUGGGCCGCAACCAGGUGGCUCAGACAUGGACCAUGCUGCGCAUCAUCUACUGCAGCCCUGGCCUCAUGCCUUCCACCAACUUCAACCACAGCGUGGGCAAGAGCAGCUCCUGUGGCCUGCCGCUCAUGAACAGCUUCAACCUAAAGGAAAUGGCCUUAGGGCUAGGCAGCGAGACUCGACUGGACCGCAGUAAGGGUGACACUCGGAACGACACUGUUCUGCUUGACUCCUCGGCCACGCUCAUCACCAACGAUGACAAUGAGGAGACCGAGGGCAGUGACGUGCCAGCCGACUACCUCCUGGGUGAUGUGGAGGGGGAUGAGGAGGAGCUGUACCUGCUGGACCCAGACCACACGCACCCUGAGGAGCCUGAGUACGUGCUGCCCCAGGAGGCCUUCCCACUACGCCACGAGAUCGUGGACACGCCACCCGGGCCUGAGCACCUGCAGGACAAAGCAGACUCACCACACAUGAGUGGCAGUGAGGCGGAUGCUACGUUGCAGACACCUAUGGACUCGUCCUUCUCGCUGAUCUCAGUCUCGCAUGCCCUCUAUGACAACCGCCUACCACCGGACUUCUUCAGUGCCCUAGUGCAAGACAUGCUGCACUUCUAUGCUGAGCAGGGCGAUGUGCAGAUGGCCGUGUCGGUACUCAUCGUGCUGGGAGAGCGUGUGCGAAAGGACAUUGAUGAGCAGGCCCAGGAGCACUGGUAUACGUCCUACAUCGAUCUUCUGCAGCGCUUCCGCCUCUGGAAUGUGUCCAACGAGGUGGUCAAGCUGAGCACCAGCCAUGCCAUAAGCUGCCUCAACCAGGCCUCCACCUCCCUGCACGUCAAUUGCAGCCACUGCAAGCGGCCCAUGAGUGGGCGGGGCUGGGUCUGUGGCAGGUGCCACCGCUGCGCCAGCAUGUGUGCUGUCUGCCAUCACGUCGUCAAGGGCCUGUUCGCAUGGUGCCAGGGCUGUAGCCAUGGCGGCCACCUGCAGCACAUCAUGAAGUGGCUGGAGGGCAGCUCCCACUGCCCCGCGGGCUGCGGCCACCUCUGCGAGUACUCUUGAUCUGGCCCUGGCGCAGCGGCUUCUGCAGUUCUGGACCCCAACCCCCGAUCGCACCUGCAUGGACGUCUCUUGCCCAGACUGUGCCCAGGGGAAAAGGCCUGGAAUUUGUGAGCCAAAUAAAGCAAGCUGGAGCCAA